AUCGCCCAAGAGCUACAAGUGCAGCAGGUGCAGUACACAGUUUCCGGAGAUGGCCAAGGAGGACGCCACCUCUCCCGUGUCAGGCGGCGCCAAGCCUGCGAGCCCCAAGAAGACCGCAACCAAGAAGAGCUCCAGCUUUGUGCUCCCGAUCGUCUCUGUCGCUGUCGUGGCAAUCGCUGUAGGCUGCGCCAAAUACGCAGAUGUACCGCUGAACGCCGAUGGUUUGCUGAGUCUUGUAGACCAGAUCUCGAGCUUCGGGGCCAAGCCUGGUCUCGUGGACUCAAGCACGGAGAACGUUCCGUUCAAGUAUGAGACGGACAUGGUGGCCAUGCAGGUUCGCCAUCUUGUGAGCGAUCUCAAGUGCAAUGAUUCCGACUACACAGCUACCACGCUCUUCGACGGCAAAGUGUUCCACGUCACGGAGCCCAUGGAGGCCGAGCAGCCCAUGACCGAUGACCGAGUCUUCUUCAUGCUCAACGGCGCAAACGACGGUGUGUAUGUGUCCUGGAACGGCGACUUCGAGUGUGUGGGGAAGGCAGCGGAAGUGGCUGCAGCGUGGCUUGGAGCAGACCGAGACGUGAUGGUCAACGGCGUGCGUUUGUACAAUCAGAUGGGCUGGCCUGUUCGAAAUGAGAAGGAGCUGCGUGAGACGAAGAACAUCGUCCACGUGUUGCUGGACUUCCAGUUAUGGCAAUGGCCGGGUAUCAAGAAGGGUUACAAGUACGUGUUGGAAGACGGUGUGACGUUGACGACUGUGGGUAUGAGCCCCAAAGUGCUCGACGUAGAGUACUUCCUCAACCAAGAGGAGGCAGAUAAGGUUAUUGAGAUAGGAUCACCGAAAUUAGACCGAUCCAAGGUCGACGGCAGCAACUCGUCCAAGGUUGUGACCAAAUCACGCACGAGCCACACUGCCUUCUUGCCCGACAGUCUGUUCACACGCGACUUCCAGAAGCGCUCGGCUCGUGUAGCACGCCUACCAAGUCCGUCCUUCGUGGAACGCAUGCAGCUGGUGCGCUACGCAGCUGGCGAGUUCUACCGUCAGCAUUUUGACACUUUUCAUUCGCGUGAGUUCCUGCCGAAGAAUGCCGACUCAUUCGAGUACGAGGACUAUGUUGAGUGGACUACGUGGGCUGCUGAGAAACUCCGUAGCUUGGAGCAGAGUAAGGUGCCCGAAAAGUUCCGUGAGGGUGGUCCGCUCUUCCCGAACGCUGAAAACCCCAAGAUCUUUCCCAACGCGCUGCUUGAAGUGUUUUACGACUACAUGAACACUAGCAACCGGUUCAAGGCCUUGUUCGAUACCGACCAGAGCGAGUGGAUCCGCACAAAUCUAGACAGCGGAGCCGAGAACAUGAUGGAGGACCUGAUGGACGAGAAGAGGCGCCCGUCGUAUCUGCCUCGUAUCGUUCAGACCUGGGAGGAGAAAUUGGGUCUUGGUGAGCUACGCUACACAUUCCCCAAACACGACACGAACUCCGUUUCCCACUUUUUCCAGUGGGUUCGCUGGGCCAAGGAACGUGUGAGUUACCUUGGAGAUAAGGUGCCUGUUUGGGCCCGUCCGGAUGGAGAAUUGUACCCGAGGUUCACAGUGGAGUUCCAGGAGAAGCUGGUAGGCUUCAUCCUUGACGACUACACCAAGGGCUUCGUCACGCGCCUGACCAACCCUGAAUGGUAUGAGUGGCUGGCACUCAACCGCGGUCGCAACCACGUUCUUUUCCAGGCUAUGCAGGCUUGGCCUCAGUUCGCAGAGCUGGCAAUCCGCACAUGGGAAGCUCAUGUCGGCAAUGUCCCGGAGCUGCGUUACACACUGCCCGAGUACAUCCAGCACUUCCACCCGCAGCGAUUCGUCACGCUGUUCCUUUACUUGAACAACCAGACCAAGAUCGGCGGUGAGACGGUCUUCCCGUUCUCGCUGGACCGAUACUCGAAUGAGGAGAUCAAACGCGAUGGCAUGGACGAGUGCUCUACUGGUUUGGCGGUGCCUCCACUUGGUCUGCAUGCCUCUCUCUUCUACGUCCAGACUCCAGAGGGAAUUCCCGAUGUUAUGAGUCGUCACGGUGGGUGCCCACCUCACGAGGGCGUCAAGUGGGGCGCCAACUCGUUCAUGUGGGAUUCGGACUCCGAGGAGGGCGCAGAUCUGUGGACCACUAAGUAG